UCAGAAACGGCUGCCGAGAGGGAGGCAAGGGGUCAUCCCAUUGGCCAGCCCUGUCCUUAUCAGGCAAUGGGCGGCAUAACUGGCUUCAGUUCAUUGGCUAUCGGUAUGGCUAGAAUUGAUCCAAGCGGGGCAGCCCAUGGUACUCUAACGGAGGCGGAACUAAAUGCACCGAUUACGGACAACGAUCACCCGUUUCUACGCAUGCACAAGGCAACCAUCGAGGAAUACGAAAGACAGAAGGCACAAGGUAGUACUUUGUUGAACACUCUUUAA